CCUCAGAAAUUAUAUAAAGGGCAGAAGUAAAACCAUAAACACAAACAAACAUCACUUUUGAGUUGAAGAGAGGAAAAAAAUGUCGACUCCCGGUGAGGAAGAUAAGAAGCCCGGUGGUGAUCAAGCUGGACACAUCAAUCUGAAAGUCAAAGGCCAGGAUGGAAAUGAGGUGUUUUUCAGAAUCAAACGAAGCACGCAGCUAAAGAAGCUUAUGAAUGCUUAUUGUGAUCGGCAAUCAGUGGAAUUUAGCUCCAUUGCCUUUCUGUUUGAUGGGCGUCGCCUCCGGGCAGAGCAGACCCCUGAUGAGCUGGAGAUGGAGGAUGGUGAUGAGAUAGACGCCAUGUUACACCAAACCGGAGGUGCAUUUGCCUAGAUAAAUAUGGUGCUUGGAUAUGUAAUGAAUUAGCUCUGAAUUUCAAAUACUUGAGGCUUUGUUCAGAUGUAUCUAUGUUCAAAUUUCCUUUUAGUUAUGCAGUGUGACUAGCGAGACUGAGUUUGGUUUAGUAAAAUUAAUAUUUUAUAUUCUCUCUUGCAA